CUGUGUGAGACAAAUGUCACGGCAAGCUGUCCCUAUUGGCUGUCAGGCUCAGUGGGUUGGGCCUGUGUUAGUUUGAAAAGGGGGCGUGUCAAAAAUAAUUAGGAGACAAUUCAGAGCAGGUGUGGGACCACAGCUGAUGAGUGCUGCGAGGAAGACAUGGUGGAGUUCACUCGUUUUCCCUAUGAAAUUUUGUUUCAAGCUAUUGUCCACAUGUUUAAUGUCUACAAAUGACCGGUCUUUGAAGUAACAACCCUGAGCAGUGUUGGAUCACAGAGAGCAAGCUGACCGAAUGAAGGCCGUCGGAUCGGAGCCGGGACAUCAGAGCAACAGCUGUAAGUAAAUUCUAGUACAGGAGAAUCAGGAUGAAAAGAUGGCAACCAUGCUGUUACCAACGGGUCCUGAUGGCUUGCGGCGGUUCACUCGCGAAUCCUUGGCUGCGCUGGAGCAGCGGAUUGCGGAGGAGCAGGCCAAGAACGCCAAGGAUUGCCAGGAGGCUCACAGGAACGCAGAGCCACCCAAACCCAGGGCCGACCUCGAGGCAGGCAAACAGCUGCCGCGCAUCUUCGGUGACAUCCCUACAGAACUUAUCGGGGUGCCACUGGAAGACAUUGAUCCGUUUUACUACAAGAACCAGAGGACUUUUAUAGUACUUAACAAAGGGAAGGCCAUCUUCAGAUUCAGUGCCACAUCUGCAAUUUACAUAUUUAGUCCAUUUCACUUCAUCAGAUCGAUCGCCAUCAAAAUUUUAGUCCAUUCGUUGUUCAGCUUGUUCAUAAUGUUCACCAUUCUGACCAACUGUUUCUUCAUGGCCAUGUCCGACCCGGCACCAUGGACAAAGUACCUGGAGUAUACGUUCACUGGCAUUUACACUUUCGAGUCAGCGAUAAAGAUAUUAGCGAGAGGAUUCUGUAUAAUGCCAUUCACCUUCUUGAGAGAUCCGUGGAACUGGCUGGACUUCUCCGUCAUCGUCAUGGCAUAUGUGACAGAAUUCGUAGACCUUGGAAACGUCUCAGCAUUAAGAACCUUCAGAGUACUACGAGCACUGAAAACCAUCUCAGUUAUCCCGGGUCUGAAGACCAUCGUCGGCGCGUUGAUCCAGUCUGUGAGGAAGCUGGCGGACGUGAUGAUCCUGACCGUCUUCUGUCUCAGCGUGUUCGCCCUCAUCGGCCUGCAGCUCUUCAUGGGGCUGCUGCGACAAAAGUGCAUCCGCAGCCUCGCGCACUGCAUCAACUCCUCCUACAGCUCCAACGCGUCCUUCAUCUGCAACAACAGAACCUGGAGCUCCAGGGCCGACUUCCUCAGCAGCGAAGAUAAUUUUUACAAAGUUGAAGGAGCAAAGGAUGCCUUAAUAUGUGGAUACGGAAGUGAUGCAGGGAAGUGUCCAGAUGGAUUUGACUGCCUAAAAGUAGGGAGGAAUCCAAACUAUGGCUACACCAGUUUUGAUACCUUCGGCUGGGCUUUUCUGGCCCUCUUCAGACUCAUGACACAAGACUACUGGGAGAAACUGUUUCACCAGACGCUGCGCUCAGCAGGGAAGACCUACAUGGUUUUCUUUGUGCUGGUAAUCUUCCUGGGCUCCUUUUACCUGGUCAACCUCAUCCUGGCCGUGGUGGCCAUGGCCUACGAGGAGCAGAAUCAGGCGACCAUCGCUGAGGCCUGGCAGAAGGAGAGGGAGUUUCAGCUGGCUAUGGAGCACCUUCGCAGAGAGCAAAGAGUGGUAAAAAGACAACAAGCGCAGGAUACAGACUCAGUGUUGUCCCCGGAGUUGUCUCCAUUCUGUCUGAAGACAGGCAGCAUACGUCGAAGCAGCAGCAGAAGGAGAAGAUCGCACAGGACGUUGUCGGAGGAAACAGCAGAGGAAGCUGCUGAAGAGAAGUUUGACCCACUGGAUGAACCAAUGCCUCCUCUGUCUCCCCUCCCAGUCCACCCUCUGCUGGCCACGCUCUCCUCUCACCCCCUGAGCACCAGGAGAGGAAGCCAGGUCAGCAUCUUCAGCGCUUUCCGGGCGCGGAACAACUCAGAGGCUGAGUUUGGGGAUGACGAGUUCAGCUUUCAUGGGGACGCCAUCAGGAGUCGCACCAGUUCCACAGCGACGCCCUGGAAGAGGAGGACAGGCAGUGUGCGGAGCCACUGCUCCCAGAUCUUCACCCCCAGCCUCAACGUCAAUGGCAGACUUAACAUCUCCCUGGACCACAAUGGAGUCACCACUCUGGGCCUGCACACUCCCACCUCCAUGCCUGCCUACAGCAUGGAGAGGAUCAGGGAAGACGCUAAGCCCACCGCUGAAGAGGAGACAGCACCCAGGCAUCUCCUCCAGCCUUCCCCAACGGUGACUGAGCCUCCUCCAGUGCAAAGGAAAAGAGGGCUGAGCUCUGUCAGCUUCCUCAGCGACGCCAUGGGUGAGCUGGAGGUGUCGAGGCAGAAGUGUCAUCCCUGCUGGUACACAUUCGCCAAGAAGUACCUGAUAUGGGACUGCUGCCCCUGGUGGCUGAAGAUGAAGGAGUGGGUGAAGUUAAUGGUGAUGGAUCCUUUCCUGGAUCUGGGUAUCACCAUAUGCAUUGUGCUGAACACCCUCUUCAUGGCCCUGGAGCACUACCCCAUGACUGACGAGUUCAACACCAUGCUUUCAGUGGGCAAUCUGGUUUUCACAGGGAUCUUUACAGCUGAGAUGGUGCUGAAGCUGAUUGCCAUGGACCCCUACUACUACUUCCAACAGGGCUGGAAUAUCUUUGAUGGCGUCAUUGUUUGCCUCAGUCUGAUGGAGUUGGGUCUGUCCAAUGUGGAGGGGCUGUCUGUCCUGCGAUCUUUCAGACUGUUACGAGUCUUCAAGCUGGCAAAGUCCUGGCCCACUCUCAACACUCUCAUCAAGAUCAUCGGCAACUCGGUGGGCGCCCUGGGAAACCUGACGCUGGUGUUGGCCAUCAUCGUCUUCAUCUUCGCUGUGGUGGGCAUGCAGCUGUUUGGCAAAAACUACCAGGACUGUGUGUGUAAGAUCUCCAUCGACUGUCAGCUGCCUCGCUGGCACAUGAAGGACUUCUUCCACUCCUUCCUUAUUGUGUUCCGCGUGCUGUGCGGCGAGUGGAUCGAGACCAUGUGGGAUUGUAUGGAAGUGGCCGGGCAGCCCCUCUGCAUCCUGGUGUUCAUGUUGGUCAUGGUCAUAGGAAACCUGGUGGUGUUGAAUCUUUUUCUGGCCCUGCUGCUCAGCUCCUUCAGCUCCGACAACCUCUCCGCUCCCGACGAAGACGGCGAUUUGAACAACAUCCAGAUCGCCAUUGCCCGCAUCCACUCUGGCGGAUCCUGGCUCAUCACGAGCAUUGUGGACCUCUUCAACCGCGGCGUGAAGCGUCAGAAGGAGAAUGCCAAAGACGCCGGUCAGGCCAUAAAGCUGGUCGGAAAUCAUGUGGAAAGCAAUGGUGGGAUUUUUGGACGUUAUGGAGAGAAGUACAUCAUACCAGAGGGGGACAGCUAUAUGACGAACCCCAACUUGACUGUCAUUGUUCCCAUCGCGCCCGGAGAGUCAGACGUGGAGUUUCUGGAGGAGGAGGAGAUUUCAGAGUCAUCAGAGGAUGAAGACAACAAACCGGAAAAAGUCAGCCUAUCAGAGGGCAGCACGGUGGAUCUGAGGAGGCCUGGAGAAGAAAUAGACAACCUAUCAGAACUAGCUGAAGAGAGUAUGGAGCCAGAGGACUGCUUCCCAGAAUUGUGCAUGAGGCACUGUCAGUGCUGUGAAAUCGAUACCAGCCGCGGUCUGGGCGAGUUCUGGUGGAGGCUGAGGAAGACCUGCUACCAGAUUGUGGAACACAGCUGGUUUGAGACUUUCAUCAUCUUCAUGAUCCUGCUCAGCAGUGGAGCUCUGGCGUUUGAAGAUAUCUACAUCGAGAAGAGAAAAGUCGUAAAGGUGGUGCUGGAGUACGCUGACAAAGUCUUCUCCUACAUCUUUGUGCUGGAGAUGUUCCUCAAGUGGAUUGCAUACGGCUUUAAGAAAUAUUUUACUAACUACUGGUGCUGGCUUGAUUUUCUCAUCGUGGAUGUGUCCUUGAUAAGCCUGGUGGCUAAUUCACUGGGAUACUCCGACUUUGCUGCAAUCAAGUCCCUGAGGACUCUGCGGGCUUUGAGACCUCUCAGAGCUCUGUCCAGAUUUGAGGGCAUGCGGGUGGUCGUGAAUGCGCUCAUCGGAGCCAUCCCCUCCAUUAUGAAUGUGCUGCUGGUGUGUCUCAUCUUCUGGCUCAUCUUCAGCAUCAUGGGGGUCAACCUGUUCGCUGGCAAGUUCGGGAAGUGCGUGAACAGAACAGGCUUCAUCCACAGUGUCUCUCUAGUCAACAACAGGACAGAGUGCCUCAUGAUGAACGACACCCAGUUCUACUGGACAAAGGUGAAGGUCAACUUCGACAACGUGGGACUUGGCUACCUUUCCCUUCUGCAAGUGGCGACAUUUAAAGGAUGGAUGGAAAUAAUGCAUGCAGCUGUUGACUCAAGAGGAGUGGAGGAACAACCCAUCCGAGAAAUCAACCUCUACAUGUACCUCUACUUUGUCGUCUUCAUCAUAUUCGGCUCCUUCUUCACCCUCAACCUCUUCAUUGGCGUCAUUAUUGACAAUUUCAAUCAGCAGAAAAGAAAGAUGAGUGGACAGGAUAUCUUCAUGACUGAGGAACAGAAGAAGUAUUACAAUGCUAUGAAGAAAUUAGGAUCUAAAAAGCCACAAAAGCCAAUACCAAGGCCUGCGAAUAUUAUCCAGGCCUUCUUCUUCGAUCUUGUGUCCAGGCAAGCCUUUGAUAUCAUGAUCAUGAUGCUCAUCAUCGUCAACAUGGUGACAAUGAUGGUGGAAACUGACGAGCAGUCGGAGCGCAUGGAGUCCAUCCUCAACAAGAUCAACCUGGUCUUCAUCGUCAUCUUCACCACUGAAUGCCUGAUCAAGAUCUUUGCCCUCCGUUGCUAUUUCUUCACCGUAGCGUGGAACAUCUUUGACUUUGUGGUGAUAAUUCUCUCUAUUGUGGGGAUUGUUCUUGCAGACAUCAUUGAGAAGUACUUUGUAUCUCCGACCCUGUUUCGAGUCAUCAGACUGGCGAGGAUUGGACGUGUACUUCGACUUAUACGUGCAGCCAAAGGAAUUAGGACUCUACUGUUUGCCUUAAUGAUGUCCAUGCCAGCACUGUUCAACAUUGGCCUCCUGCUUUUCCUUGUCAUGUUCAUCUAUGCUAUCUUUGGUAUGGCGAACUUUGCCUAUGUGAAAAAACAAGACGGGAUUGACGACAUGUUUAACUUUGAGACCUUUGGGAAUAGUAUGAUCUGCCUUUUUCAGAUCAGCACCUCGGCAGGCUGGGACAACCUGCUGAGUCCCAUCAUGGCCAGCCCCCCAGAGGAAUGCGACGUUAACUUUGUCAAUACUGGCACCAACACCCGGGGAAACUGCGGCAGCCCCUCAGUGGGCAUCGCUUUCUUUGUCAGUUACAUCAUCAUCUCUUUCCUCAUUGUGGUAAAUAUGUAUAUAGCUAUCAUUCUGGAGAACUUCAGCGUCGCCACAGAGGAAAGCACAGAGCCACUGAGCGAGGACGACUUUGAGAUGUUUUACGAGGUUUGGGAGAAGUUUGAUUCGGAGGCCACGCAGUUCAUUGAGUUUUCCAUGCUGUCGAUCUUCGCUGACACUUUGUCUGAGCCACUGCGCAUAGCCAGGCCCAACAAGAUCAAGCUGAUCUCCAUGGACCUUCCCAUGGUCAGCGGGGAUCGGAUCCACUGCCUGGAUAUCCUGUUUGCCUUCACAAAGCGUGUCCUGGGAGAGUCGGGUGAGAUGGACGCCCUCAAGCAGCAAAUGGAGGAGAAGUUCAUGAUGACCAACCCCUCCAAGGUUUCCCACGAGCCCAUCACUUCCACGCUGCGCCGCAAACUGGAGGAGGUGUCCGCAAUCAUCAUCCAGAGGUGUUACAGGAGGCAUCUGGUGCGUCGGCAGAUGAAGCAGGCGUCCUACCUCUACAGACAGAUAAACUAUGAGACUGUAGUGGAUGUGGAGAACGCUCCAGAGACGGAGGGGCUGAUCGCCUCCAUGAUGCAGCACUACGGACUCGUCGGGGAGGAGAUUGCACAGACAACAGAGGACGCUCUACUGUCCUCGCCACCAUCUUAUGACAGCGUGACCAGAGCAGCCAGUGAGCUCUCUGAGGUCGUCAGAUCAUUAUCCAGAGACUCUGAACUCGGGGAGCCUGGUGAAAACUACGAGGAAACUUUCCUUUGA